ACACACACACACACACACACACACACACACACACACACACACACACCGGGAGGAGCCGUCUACCCUUCCGUCACCCAUACCCGCCCCUGAGGACGGUGCGUCGUUGGCGGCGUCAAUAUUAUUUAUUAUUCCCGUUAGUCUCGGUAUUUAGCGCCGCAGCUGCUCACGGUGAUCGUUAAAACGGACGCGUCUCGUUGUCUUUGGGCACGUGUGUUUGUCUUGUAACGUGGAUUAUUAGAGCGGCAUCAGCGCGCGGUGAUGCUCUCCGUUAAAGGAUCGUGAAGCGUCGCGAGUCUAAAGGACCACUGUUGUGGAUGGUUGGGUGUUAGUGAGCGUUUGUUUUUCUCUGAUGGCGAACAUGAGCAGUAGUGUGUGCAUGGAGACCCCACACGCUCAUGGCCACACCCAUAACUACAACCACGCCCCCGGGCGGGACUUUCCCUUGCAGAUCGACUCUUGCGUGAACCCUGUGUUGGACUACAGCGCGCAGAUGGAGCGCUAUCGCUCUUUUGCAACAUUCUAUAAGAACAGCACGGCUGCCGCUGCUGCCGCCGCCGCUGCCCCGUUUCCCCAGACAGCCAAAAUCACCCGCAUCGCCACGCCCCUAUUUCCCUCUGCCCGUCUGUCGGCUAUGCCAACCUGGCCCUGUGACAACGCAAUGCUGUGGGGGCGAAAGCCUAGUGCGGUUAACGGACCUCACACACAUCGGACUGGCAUGUCAAGGGCGGAGCCAGUGAAUGUGCACAUGUCCGCCAAACACAUUCCACAAGACUCCGCCCUCUCAAUGGGCACUGACAACUUCCUAUCCCCGUUGACCGCGGAGCAAUGUCGCGGCUUGCCGGUAACGGGGGCGGAGUGCAUGAACCGACUGAAGUGCCCCCCGUCCGUGCCACCUGGCGGAACCGGAGAGGCAGACCAUGGAGGAACGUUUGGAGGGAUGCCACCGCUGGGGGGUCUGUCACUGCCACCAGGGGUCAUCGUCAUGACAACACUUCACUCUGGAGCGGGGUCAUCGGGGGUCACGAUGUCAGACAGCGCGUUUCAGAUCGCUAACGUGGCGGCGGACUGCCAGCACAGCGGCUCGUCCUGCUCCGGCUCGCCCGCUGGUCUUAACGGAAAUGCUAACGGCAGCAGUAGCAGCAGCAACGGAGCGGCCAAGCGCAAACGUAAACGGUGUGGAGUGUGCGCCCCCUGCAGGAGGCUCAUUAACUGUGGCGUGUGCAGCUCCUGUCGAAACAGAAAGACGGGUCAUCAGAUCUGCAAGUUCAGGAAGUGCGAGGAACUCAAGAAGAAACCGGGGAGCUCAAUGGAGAGAGCGCCAUCAGCAGGAGCUGCCGACACCUUCCGCUGGUUCUUCUGAAACGCGCUCCACAAAACCACAUGAUGAAACCGAACAAUAACUCAACCCGUCUGCAGGUCAUAACCCCACAAUCUACCCCAAGGUCUGAUAAUAGCGCAAUCAGGGACUGUAAAGCCCCCGUCUCACUUUCUGCCCCUCCCCCUCAGGACUCACCGUGUCACAGAUGCCGUUUAGCACCGGCGGCAUCAGGUGCAACUCGUCCCGCCGGAGAGACGUCAAGGACAAGUGUCUCGUCUCUAGGUCUUGGACUGAACCUCACCUCACCCAAACACAGAGACUCCAUUCCAGUCAUAUCAGGACCCCGUCCAAGCCGAAUGGGUGACCCAAAAAUGAACAUCCUGUCAUCACUUACUCACCCUCAUGUCGUUCUAAACUCGAUUGCCUUUCUUCUGUGGAAGCGUAGAAGAAAAGGGUUUGAGUCAAAAAACAAACAAAAAAAAAAGACCAAACUAUUCCCGUAGACCACCUUUCUGUUGCAUGGGUAGAAACGUGUUUCGUUUUGAACUGAAGACUUUGUUUAUUGCUGUUGUGACACCUCACUGUCUUGAGUAAGAGACUCUUAGGAUGGCUCGUUUAUUAAAUGUGAUCCUUUUUGA